CGGCGGCGUGCGUCCCGGGUAUAUUAAGGGUGGCGAUGCUCUGUAUUUCAGUGCAACUGCGUCCUUCUAACUUGUAACUUCGCCAUGCUCCUGUACACCCCAAAACAGUACGUUUUAUUGGUCACAUGCUUUUUAAUAAAAAGCUGCGCGACUUUCAAGAACGAUGCAACAGAAAAUGUUUAUUCUCAGCAACCCGGCGAUUUGCAACAGUCUGCUAAUAAUGUGACUUUAAACCGAGCGAGGACCGGAGGACGGCUCUUAGACAGCGCACAGACGGAUCGCAACGAUCGAAACCAGUUGGGAUGCAGGGAGCUCAGGUCAACCAAAUACAUCUCAGAUGGCCAAUGUACAAGUAUAAACCCAGUAAAGGAGCUUGUGUGUGCUGGAGAGUGCCUUCCGGCUCAGAUGUUGCCUAACUGGAUCGGUGGCGGCUAUGGCAGGAAGUACUGGAGCCGGAGAAACAUGCAGGAAUGGCGUUGUGUGACAGACAAGACACGCACGCAGCGCAUCCAGCUCCAGUGUCAAGAUGGAAGCACUAGAACAUACAAAAUAACUGUCGUGACCUCCUGCAAAUGCAAAAGGUACUCUCGUCAGCACAAUGAGUCAAAUCACAAUUUUGAAGAAACAUCGCCACCGAAAUCAGGUCAUAACCAUAAGGGAAAGAAGAGGACAGGCAAGACUGCAAAGCACCAAGUUAACUGGCACGAGAUGGACGAUAAGAACUGAUAUUUGACUUUUGUGAGCUCUGUAAACUGGAUUGUGUAUGUAAAUAUCAGCCUGCAACUACUGGUUUGCCAAAGAGUCCAUGUGUUGGCCUGAGGCUGACAUUGACUGGGGAAUGGUGGCGUUUAGUUGUGGAGGCCCUGUCAGUUUCCUUUUCAGUUGAUAUCUUUGUGUAUUUCUAUUGUUGCCAUGAGGUACUUGCUCACUCUGCCUGUGUGAUCUACUGUAGGCAGAGUAUUUUCAGUAACCAAUCUACUGGGAGGCAAAAAACAAUUGCGUCUCUGCAGUAACAGAGACUUGACCUCUGUGGUAACCAACCAUCUUGGAAGCAAUUAACCUUAUCAGAUAUGAGGUGUUGAUGAGAAGCUGUGUUGAUUAGAGACCAAUUGGAUAAGAAAUUCCUGGAUUGAAGUAGGCAACAAUUUCCAGAUAGAGCAAGUGGAACUAGAUGGGCUAAUUUAAGUUGCAAAGCACAUAGACAUUGAGAAGUAUACCACAUGUUUUCAGAGAGUGCAAUCCAUGCCCUUUAAAACGUUCAGCUAAAAUUAUAAAUUCUUUUUGAUCGACAGAAAAUCCAUAAAAUCUUCUAUAUAAAGUAUGUACUGCUUUCUUACCUAGAAGAUCGAACUCUUAACCCUUUAAACUCAGCCUCAUGUUUGUCAGUUUUCUGCUAUUCUGCUUUAACUGGCUAUUAACUUCGUCGUUCUUCAUUCAAUAUUCAUGAUCUAUCCCUCAAAAUAAAUUCAGACAUCUCUCUUUCAGAAUUUUUACAUUGAAUUAUAUUUUUGGUAUUUGGUACACUGCAGUAAUCAUUGAGGGGAAGAUAUGCUGUACACAUACAUUACCGUGGAAUAUGUUGCAAAAUUCAGUAACGUUUUUAUAUCAAACUCAAUAAAAGUGUUGGGAACACCCAGAGAAAAAAAAUCUGAAAUACUUACAAUGAAUGUCUAAUUUUACUUUUUGUAACCAAUUUACAGUUUUCACAUAAGCAUCCACAGCCUGCAUCUCCAUUAUUGAAGACACAUGGCUUAGGUAUCAUUUUGAGCGGCAGAUCUUACUCUGUCAGAACAUAUAUGGUUAGUAAAGAAAUUAUACUAUACAUGCUUACAAUACUACGUUGGGCUGGCGCCCUGCCCGGGGUUUGUUUCCUGCCUUGUGCCCUGUGUUGGCUGGGAUUUUCUCCAGCAGACCCCCGUGACCCUGUAGUUAGGAUAUAGCGGGUUGGAUAAUGGAUGGAUGUAUGGAUGCUUACAACACUAAUAGUUACAAGAAUCAAAAACAUCUAAAGCAAAAAAUCUGAAAUACAGAAAUUGAAAAACGUAGAAAGUGGAAAGUGGUGUUAUUUGAAAGUUGGAACGCCCCUCUCAUUUCGUAAAUAAUAGGCCAUGCUUCAGACUGUAGACAUUCAAGAAAGCCACUGUGGGGGCUAAUGGGGGCAGGUGUUGCCGUGAUACAGCAAUUUGACCAUCUUUGAGGGAGGAAAGAAAGACAUUGCAACGUGGUAUUGAGGUACGCAAUACAGCAUUGUAAUGGCUACACACUGUACUUUAAUUAUAGCAUUGAGGAAAUAAAUGGUUUUAUGCAGUUUUUUUUUUUUAUUCUGCAUCAUUGUUUGGUACCACCGGCAGGUCCUAAACAAUGGAGCUGGUUUAAAGGGUUAAGAUACAGAACUUACUCCACCAUCUUGUAAAAGUAGCAAUUAUAAGCAACACGUAACCAAAUAAAAAGCACUGAAAUUAGCAUCCUAAGGAUAAAGCAAAUUGGUAAAUCUCUGUUUGUUUUUGCCACAACUAUUUAUUUGUUAAAUACACAGUGGAGGCACAUAGCAGAAAAAUAAUGCCCAAAUUGUUAUUUAUUUUUCUUUCCAAUAUUAUUUAAUGAAUUGAUGCAUGUGGUAUUACAGAGCUAUCUUUUGUAAACUUGUAUAAGUUUUAUGGUCCAAAGUAUUUUCUUACAUUUUGUAGCCAGAGUCAAAAAGUUAAAUAGUGUAAAUAAUGUAAUAUAUUUUUGUAUUGUAAAAUGUGCUCUUGGAAUUUUGUAAUAUGCUUUUUUAUAUCUUUUUUUUCUCUUGAGUUUAUCACAGCUUCAGCAGCUGACCCUGUUGGAAAUCUUGUUUUAUAAUUAAAAAAAAAAACAUAUAGCUACAGACAGUCUAGUGUUGUAUAGUGCAUAGUAUCCAUGUUACUGAUCCCUGCCUUUUUAAAAUGUGCAAUCUUGUACUGGUCUUAUCAUUUUGAAGCCAAACAUUCUUCAGAAAUAAACAAUGAUAUUUAAAUAUUUAUGAUCUAUUUA